CGCGCUUGCAAUGCAAUGAGGGAACAGUUUGUCCGGCGGGAGCGAAUCCAAAUGUUUAAUAUACUACCCGCGUUUGAUGACAGUUUUCGCUCUGAGAACAAAAGGGAAACCGUCGUGCACGGACCACCUUGAAAAUCAUCUCGCAACUCGCAUCACCGCUCCAGCACCAACCCCGUCAGCGACCGCGAUCACAAUCGUCCUAACCCGCAGUGUUCUUUUCUUUCGCAAAGAUGUUCAAGCCCACUUCUCCCGUAAUGGGAGGUCUGCUAUGGAAAAUCCCCUGGCGCCUCUCAUCCAUGCAAAAAGCACGGCAGCGCAAGCGCUUACGAGCAGUAGACAAAGUCGUUGACACCGUGAAUGCAGCUCUCCAGCGCAACGGCGGAAAGAGCGCCAAGGCGGUUGAACGAUGGUACAGCGAGAUGCCGAGAGAAGAGGAGAUGUUGCCGAAGGAUAAAUAUACGAUCUUCGAUCGGAAGGAGAAGACGUACAGAAAGGGAAUACAUAAGCUUCCAAAGUGGACUCGAGUGAGCCAGAGAGUCAACCCCCCGGGGUUUUAGCUGCAGCUCUGCUUCAUUCCCACCUUUAUACGAACCUAUGUCGGGUCUCAACAUUCUUGCAGCUUGUGGCCUCUCCUUGCCGGACGAUUCACAACGGUGAGGAUAAUGUGGCUUGUGUACAAUAAUCCUUUUGUUUCUGGGAUCUGGGCGCAUUGAAUCGGAGUUCAGGGAAUCCUUUUAAGUGCCAUGUUUUCAAUUAUUAGACAGCUAUCUACCCUGAAUAAAA